UGUGUAGUAAAUGGUUAAAGCCGGUUCCGGAGCUUGACGUCAGGGGGGGCGCCGCAGCAACGUCCCGGGCCUCAUCAGCUGGAAGAGACGCACUUAGCAGGGGAGCCGAGUAGCAUUGAGCUGAGGGUCGGAAAAACCGCAAAAUGGGAAACGUUCAACCAACAAUCAUCCCUUGUGCAGACUUUGAUGUUGUGGCCGACAUCAAAGGGAUCCGAAAAGCCUGCAAGGGGCUGGGGACGGACGAACAGGCCAUCAUCGACAUCUUGGCCAACCGCUCAGCGGCCCAGCGUAUGGAAAUCAAACAGGCGUAUUUCGAGAAAUACGAUGAUGAGCUGGAGGAGGUCUUGCGAAAAGAGCUGUCGGGCAACUUUGAGAAGGCCGUCAUCGCCAUGCUGGACCCGCCCGACAUCUUUGCUGUCAAGGAGCUACGGAAGGCUAUGAAGGGAUUAGGCACGGAUGAGGACACCCUGGUUGAGAUCCUGUGCACUGCCUCCAACGUGGAGAUCUUGAGAUAUAGAGAUGCCUACUAUCAAGUCCAUGAGCGAGACCUGGAGGUGGACAUCGAGGGAGACACCAGUGGGGAUGUGAAGAGGCUGUUGGUUGCUCUACUGCAGGGUAAUCGGGACGAGGGUUAUGAGGUAGAUGAAAUUCUGGCAGAGCAAGAUGCCACUGCGCUUUUUGAGGCUGGAGAAGGUUGCUUUGGGACAGAUGAAUCAACCUUCAGUUACAUCUUGACUCAGAGGAACUACCUACAGCUCCAGGCUACAUUUAAGAAAUACGAAUCGCUGUCUGGGACGGAGAUCCUGGAUGCCAUUGAAAGUGAGACUUCUGGAACACUGAAGACCUGCUAUCGUACUCUUGUGCGGGUUGCUAAACACCCCCAGCUCUACUUUGCCCGUCGUCUCCACAAAGCCAUGCAGGGGGUCGGGACUGAUGAGGAUACACUCGUACGCAUCAUCGUGGGCCGUUCUGAGAUCGACCUGGAGACCAUCAAGGACAUGUACCUGGAGAAGUAUGACGUGUCCCUGAAGGACGCCCUGCGCUCCGAGUGUAGUGGAGACUUCAAGCGUCUCCUCCUCGCUAUUCUGCACUGAAGAUUGGUGCAGUGUGCCAGUAGAGGCAAGAUAGAGAGGGGUUCAGUAUACUAAAAAUACUUACAACUAGUCCAACAGGAAGUUCUGUAACAGGUGUGUGGGAGGGACUUAACACUCUCCAGGCCCUGCGCAGCGGGAGGCUUGUAACAGAUUCCACCCAGAUAAAUACAGGAUCAAUGUGAAAUUGAACCCUAAUUUCACCCUAAUUUUAAACAAAAUUCCCUCCACAUGAUAGGAAGCUCAAUAUCAAUCUUCUGUAAAAUUUAAGAUUCAGAAUAGAUUUAAUCUGGGGACUCCCACAUCCACAGCUGGGCAUUAAAACACGGACUAUACACAUAUGACUUGGAAGACUAUCUGUGAAUGGAUGUAACGCGACAAUGGAAAGAACCACCAAAGAUUCUAAAUUAACCUGCUGUCAGUACGUUUGACUGAUUACAAUCUACAGUUGUUGGGCUCUUAAAAUAACAGAUAAUUAACUGAAAUAUUCUGAGUUGUCAGUCUUACAGCGCGGAAAAUAUAUGCUUAUGCUCCCCACAUUUAUUCCAUCUAUUUAAAAAGGAAACUAAAAUAUGUAACCUCGUGUGUAUUGCAUUUACAGCGUGAGCUGCUUGUACUAAUUUCACAUAGCUUUAAAUGAAAUAUGUAUUAGACCAGAUAAUGAAGUCUAAAUUUGACCUAGUAACAAAGUGUCUAGUCUGAAACUGAAGAGAAUAGCAAUUUUAUAUGUUUUUAGUUCUUGUUGUAUGAUGUAUUAACUUGGAAAUUAACAGUAACUAGUAGUUAAUUCCACCACGGCAGCUGUGUUAACUAUGUUUCUGAAACUUUUCCCCCACGCCACCUAGUGGUUAUCACGUAGCAUUGCAGUGCAAUUUCACGCUGUGAAACACAGGUCAACGCAAACGUUAAUGUCAGACUAAAUGUUAACGACAUGUUUGGGACCAAGACACUUUAAAGGCAGAGACCCCCCCAACUCCUUGUGUGCAAAAACAAGCAGUUCCUGAAUAAAUGAAAGCGCAUUAA